AUGGAGGUGCCAAAUUACGGAAUGAUGGUUCAGCCGGGAUAUCCAAUAAAUACAGUUGGUGCAAAUCCCAUGAUGCCUUCAGGACCAAACUACCCCCCCGCUAUGAAUCCUGCCAUGGCUCCAGGGUUCUAUCCAUCGGUGAACACAAACCCCCUCGUACCUCAGACUGCCCCCUAUCCCCAGUUCUCUGGCAUACCUGGCUACGAAGGAAUGGAGGGGGAAGGAGGUGGGAAAUUUCUUCCUCCCCCACCAGUGGUAGGACCUGGACCCGAUUCCCUCCCCACCCCUUCAAACAAAGACUGGACGAUUCCCUCCAUUAGCCAGGAGACUGCCAAAAAGGCCCUUCUGGACUAUGUCAAUGGCCAUUGCUGCUAUGGUACCUCCCCUGUGGAACAGAUGGAAAUCCAGCAAAUGAAGCCAUUUAAUACAUACCGGUAUCGCUUGGAAACCUUCACAGAGUCACGGUCCUGCGAAUGGACGACCAAACCGCUAACAACAAAUGAGAAACUGGAUGGUCCAUCCAAUGGUCCGGCUCCUCAGCCCUGGGAGAUCAUCAUGGAACCUCCGGCCCUCUUCCACGAUGAAAUCAAAAAACAGCCGAUACCUCACACCUCCUCCAAGAAGGAAUGUGAAGAGUGCCAUGGAAAGGGGAAGAUCAUCUGUCAGAAGUGUAAUGGAAAUGGACGGGUAAAGUGUGGGCACUGUAAUGGGUCUGGACGCAGUUCUGGAGAACAAUGUUCACACUGCAAUGGAUCUGGGUCAGAAGGAUGCAACGGCUGCAACCAGACAAACGUGCAGACCUGCCCUGGCUGUACUGGGAAGGGGCAAGUGAUCUCCUACAUCGAGCUGACUGUCACAUGGAAGAACAACCUGUAUGAGUUCAUACCUGACCACCACUCCGAAUUCCCCACUGACCUGUUCAAGAAGGUGACUGGCGACAAAAUCUUUGUGGAUGAGCAGCUAUUGGUGCCGCCUCUGGUGAAUUUCCCUGAAGCGUCCAUCAAUCAGGCGUCUCAGACGGCCGUCCAGCAGCAUUACUCCCAGUUCAUCUCCAGCUGCCGGAUACUGAAGCAGAAACAGUCCAUAGAGUGGCUGCCCCUCACCAAGGUGGAGUACAACUGGAAGGAGAAGAGCUGCAGCUACUUUGUCUACGGACGGGAGAAUCUGGUGGAGACGAAGGAUUAUCCCUCCACUUGCUGCUGCGUCAUCCUCUGA